AUGUCUGGCAUUCUCUCUGAGGCGGAUGAGUAUCGAGUUCGCCAGCUCGAGCCAGUCGUGGAAAUGUUCUUCCCUGAGUGGACGCUCGCUGGAUCUGCACCACCUGGCAAACCACCCAUCGAUACCGGAGCAAAAUGGGCCUACCAGAAGAACGGCUGCCCGGCUUGUAUGCUUGCGCGCCUAGGCUCAGAUGAAAAUGCAUUGUUCGCGCUCUUCGCCGGUAUGUAUGGCCAUCUGCGAUCGCGCAGCGGCGGCCAGAAAGGUGCAGACAAAGUAAAGAGCAAGGGACUGCGGUUUGUGCGGUACUGGAUGCGCAAACAUGCUAAUGGCGAUCAGGCAGUUCAGGAGGCUUACGAUCUUGGUGUGGAGUUAAAGAUGUUGCGGCAUGAUGCAAAGGUCUCCCUUCGAGAGUCUAAGCAGUCAACGCGAUACACACGAGACAGUCUUUACGAGCCUCCAGUCACUGCCCGUCACUGCCUUGACGACCAGCCAGACAUCGCUGUGGACCUCUCAACCCCAUUCAGCCCCAAAAACUGGAUGCAAGACGACAAACCCAUCAUCAGCGAGGACUCCCCUCGCAACUCACGCCCACCCUCCUUCACCGAUGCCUGGAACCACGAGCACCCCUCAGAUCCCAGCGCAUCGAUUCAGCCCUGCACGCCACGUUCAACCACACAAUCAACCACAGAUUCAGCCACACGCUCUGCUAACUCCACUCACCUCCACCCAGUCGCACAAGACACCCUCACUCCCCUCCCUCGAGCCCCCUCGCGCCACGACUCCAUGCUCUCCCCGCCCCGUCCACCAUCAUCAAUCUACACCUCAGCCUCACGCCCCACAUCCAUCGCCUCCUUCAAUGCACCGACCCGCAACCCCAAGCAGCGCGGCCACGACCCCCUUGAAACAGUAGAGGAGCGCGUCGACCGGUACCGCCAGCUCAUCGCGCAGGAGCACUCUGAGCGCGGGGCUAGUUGUGCAGGAGCGCCCCACGGGCGGCUGUUGCCGCAGCCCAGCCGCGGAAGUAUGUAUGGCGCUUUUGGGGUCGCGGGGAGGGAGGGCGAGGAGUUUGAGGGCGUGGAUGAUACGCCGCCGCCUAGUCCGGUGGUGGAGGACUGUGAAGAGGAGGAGGAAGACUUGGUUCCGCGGGGUUUGCGGGUGCGAGGAUUCGACUCUGCACCAAUCACAGUCAUCGUGGGGAAAGAAGAGCCUAUCACUUACUACGUUCAUGACACGCGUUUGAUCGCCAGCUCCAACUUCUUCAAGAAGGCACUAAAGAACGACGGAAAGGAGAAGUCUACAACGACAAUCAUGCUUCUUGACCAAAGCCCAAUGGAUUUCAAGGUCUACAUUGACUGGCUGUACACUGGUCGCAUUUGCACAGUAAAGGACGGUAAAGAAGAGGGUGCGAAAGCACGAAACAGUCUCGGCGAUACUGUCGACGGCGAAUAG